UGCAGCGCGCAGGCCCUCUCGGAGGAUGUCAUGGCACCUGGCGGAGCCCCGGCCUAGGAUGGCCCGCUCGCUGCCCGACGUCGCCUCCGGCUAGGAUGGCCCCUCCGGACCCGGCCGGCGCCCACCCCACCUUGCCCGAGCCGCUGUCCCGCCGCAUCUUCCGGAAGUUCUUGCUGAUGCUCUGCUCCCUGCUCACGUCCCUGUAUGUCUUCUACUGCCUGGCCGAGCGCUGCCAGACCCUUUCUCGGCCCGUCGUGGGGCUGUCGGGAGGCGGCGAGGAGGCUGGGGCUCCGGGUCGCAGCGUCCCGGCUGGAGGCCUGGGAGAGCUGGCGGCGUGGCCCGCGGCCGCGCGGAAAAAACGCCUCCUGCAAGUGCAGCCGUGGCGGAAGCACCGGCCGCCCGCACCGCACGGCGACGGCGAGGAGGCGGCCUGGGAAGAGGAGCUCCCGGGCCUGGCGGGGAGUCCCGGCGGCUCCGGGGCCGGGAGCAGCGUGGCCGAGCCCCCGCCGGGGACCCUAGCCCUGCUCCUGGACGAAGGCAGUAAGCAGCUGCCGCAGGCCAUCAUCAUCGGCGUGAAGAAGGGCGGCACGCGGGCGCUGCUCGAGUUCCUGCGCGUGCACCCCGACGUGCGCGCCGUAGGCGCCGAGCCCCACUUCUUCGACCGCAGCUACGACAAGGGCCUCGCCUGGUACCGGGACCUGAUGCCGCGGACCCUGGACGGGCAGAUCACCAUGGAGAAGACGCCCAGCUACUUCGUGACGCGCGAGGCGCCCGCGCGCAUCUCGGCCAUGUCCAAGGCCACCAAGCUCAUCGUGGUGGUGCGGGACCCGGUGACCAGGGCCGUCUCGGACUACACGCAGACGCUCUCCAAGCGGCCCGACAUCCCCACCUUCGAGAGCCUGACCUUCCGGAACCGGAGCGCCGGCCUCAUCGACACGUCGUGGAGCGCCAUCCAGAUCGGCCUCUACGCCAAGCACCUGGAGCACUGGCUGCGCCACUUCCCGCUCCGCCAGAUGCUCUUCGUCAGCGGCGAGCGCCUCAUCCGCGACCCGGCCGGCGAGCUGGGCCGCGUGCAGGACUUCCUGGGCCUCAAGCGCAUCAUCAGCGACAAGCACUUCUACUUCAACCAGACCAAGGGCUUCCCCUGCCUCAAGAAGGCCGAGGGCAGCGGCCGCCCGCACUGCCUGGGCAAGACCAAGGGCAGGCCGCACCCCGAGAUCGAGCGCGAGGUGCUGCGGCGGCUGCGCGACUUCUACCGGCCCUUCAACCGCAAGUUCUACCAGAUGACCGGCCAGGACUUCGGCUGGGACGGCUGACAGUUUAAUUUAAAAAGAAAGAGAGUAUCAGAAUAUAAUAUAUUUUUUUACCGGUCGGGUAGAGAAAAGGCAGUCUACUAUUUGCGCUGCAGAUAAUGUGUCUCCGUAGUUUUUUCAAUGAAUGUGAAAGAGAUUUUUCUUCUCCCCGCCACCGCCGUCUUCCCGAACCGCCGACGGCCAGCAUUUGGAUCAACGCGAACGGAAACCUUCAGGCGUCUCGAUUCUCUCCAUUUUCCGUUUCUAUUUUAUGUUUUAUAUACAUAAUGGUGAAGUAUGAGCCUAAGUUGCAUUAAAACUUUUAAGAAAA